AUGAAGCUCUCCCUCGGUGUUCUCCUCGCUAUUUCGCAGGCACUCCUUGUUGCCAGCUCCCCGGCCAGCUCCCCGGCAGCUGAUGUCAACCCUCUUGAAAAGCGUGACGGCACAUGUUCUUUCCUGACCGAGCGUUGGGGCUAUAACAAGAAGAACAACCGAUGCUGGCAUGCCUGUGACUCCGGCGCCGGCAGCUGGUGCUGGUCAUACCAUUCGGACCCUCUGCGUGACAAUUUUGCACAAGCAACCACUAAUACUGGUGAGCCUGAUGGUGGCUGUGCGCGUUACACAGACUGCUUCCCAGUUGAUCAGCAAGAGAAAAAUGACAUGUUGAAGUGUGCAUGUGGUUGAAGCGACAAGCCCCGGCCUAUGUUUUAGAUAUCUGUUCUGUCUAUUAUACUAUGUCUAUAUCCUUUUCUUAUGUGCACUAGCUUUUGUAACUACCUACUUAUCACAG